AAUGGCAAUUUUCAAGCUAACUAUGGCGCCAUUCAGUUGAAUUUUUAUCCACAAGCCAACCUCCAUUUCCAACACUCAACGGAGUCUUCAGAUAUAGCUUGGAAAUCUGCUUUUGGGUGCCGCGAAUGGUGGAUAUUGAGAAAACAUUUAAGAAAAGUUUUGCCUUAACUUACACCCCAAUGGAGUCAUUUUCGAAGCGAACGUUUGCGGCAGGAAGUCGUCAAGCCCCGGACCCAUACGAUCAAUUUUUGGAGCAUGAGGGAUUCUACCGUAAACAUACGGCCCGUGAUUCCACUUGCUUGUUCCGAGUAGUCUCGGAACAGGUAUUCGAUGUGCAACUGUACCAUGAUAAGGUUAGAGCCGAUUGUGUUCAAUUCAUGCGCAAAAGACCAGAUCUUUACGAACACAAAAUUAAAGGCAAUUACGAUGAAUACCUAGACGAAAUGAGUAAGUUCAGGUCUUAUGGCUCGUUUAUAGAACUGAAUGCUUUGGCGCAUGUUUAUCGGCGUAAUGUGUUACUUUUCGAACCAUAUAAUUGCGGCACGUGGUUCGUCAAAUGCGAAUCCUAUGAAGACACCUUAUUGGUGUUUUUCUCGCCGGAAAAGCAUUUUGAUUCAAUAUUCCCUACGACAUUUAUUGAACAAGCAGCUUAUUGCCAGGCUUUAGUGUACGAACUACUUUAUGUUCGAGUAUUCAAACUUCCAGAUGUUAUGUAUUCCGUUGAACGCAUGUUACAUGAUCCCGAAGGUAAAGCCAUGAAAAUCGUACAAGGCGCGGAUAAAAAUGGCGACAUAGUAGAAGAAAAGAUCCUUACCUCUGAAGGAAGCGAGUUCAUUCUUGACACUCCGGAAGCGACAGAAUGCGUAUUAGACAACUAUCGACUAUGCCACUUCCAUAAUAGAGAAAAUUUCGCACAUAUCGUUGAUGUCUAUCGAACCAAACGUUCGGAUAAAAUAGUUAAAGAGAUUCGAAAUGUUAAUCACAACGGUUCACGGGGUCCUAUUUCGCGAGAACUUGUUCUUGUGAAUCCUAUGUUAUGUGAAAAGAAAAUUUCAUGUGUGCGUCAGCUGUUGAAGGAAGGCAUAACUCCUUUCCCCUAUAAGGUGGCGAAGGCAUUGGAUCCAAACAUUUAUCGCAACAUCGAAUUCGAUUCGUGGAGUGACAUUCGCAGGGAGCUCAAAUACAGGAGUUGGUACUUUAGCAGCAAUGAUUUGCAGGUUGGUGUGCGAUGUUUGGUGAAAUUGAACGAUCAUGAUGAACGUCUUUUACAUGGUUACAUCCAAGAGAUGAAACCUAGUAAUGGACCCUGUGUCGUUUACCUAGAGGAACUUGCCGAAUGUCGUUCGGUACCAUAUGAAAAACUGCGACCAAUGGCUACAGAUCAUUCUAAACCAUGGAACUAUGCACACAAAACUCGAAAAAUUUUGGAAGAUAAAACCACGAAGCGGAAAUUUCAUGCUAAAUUUUAUGAUGUACCAAAAGCUAAGCAGAUAGAUGAUGACUUAAAAGGCUACAUGACUUGCUGCGGGACAGACAAAUCGUGUUGCUACACAUUAAGUCGUUAUAAUGAAAUGCACAAUUUCCAUGCCCCCCCAAUUGAGAUGGUUGUUAUGCCAUUUGCAAUAGAUGAGAACAAUAAAAAAAUCCAAACAAAUGGAAACAGAGAUGUUAACAAAAGCGAUGAAACUGAUACUCAAACGGAAAUUGAUACCACGGAUUGUUCAUCAUCUGGAUUCUACGAUACCUAUUCAACUACAAGCGUACCUGGUAACCAUCCACUGUUCUGUUACUCGUAUUCCGAUACCUUUCCAUACGAUGCAACCGCAACGAAUGUUUAUCCACAACCAUACUCUACACAACCUUGUGCUUAUGCUGCUCCUGGUCCAUUUUCUUGUCCUUUUUAUGGAUCAUUGGGCCCAUUAGCUGCUGUAACUUCAAAUACGGUUCUACCAACAGUAAGGUACAGCGAAGGAAUACCGAAUUUCAAUGCUCCUCAAAGUAUUGUUCCAAAUGGAAGCGACAUGCCAUUGGAUGAUUUGAUUACCUUGAGAUAUUUUUACAAUCUUGGUAUUGAAUACUUUCGUCAAAAUCAAUUCCGCAUGCUUCCGCCACCAGUUCCUGUGUCCUUUGAAAUGGCACAUGCUCUUCCAAGCAUAGGAGAGUCUUUUACCAAUGAAGAAGACGAUGGAAGAAAGCUAGAAAAUGAUUUCGAAAAAAAAUUAAAUGUUACUUCGAGUAGCAUUGAAAAUAACGGAAACAAUCAACCAUCAAGACAACGAGGAACGAGUAUUGGAACAACGAAAAAUGAAAAUAAUUCUUCAGCACAGCAAAAAUACACGUAUAUGGCUAAGAGCACCAAUAAAAAAAUGUCCGACCAGAAAACUUCUCGAUCCAGAGCAAAUGCUGAAAAUAACCCCUCUAGAGUAUCUCCUUUGUUGAGUAAUAAGCAGUCAACUCAAUCAACUGCUGUGGAUAAUAGUAAUGAUCCCGCACAGAUAUAUUACGGUCCUACGCAUCCUGCUAUAAACCCUUAUCCGAUUGGAGUACCACUGUACACCAACAUGGAUACCUUGACACCACAAGGAACAUGCUACGUACCGACUUACGUAGUACAUCCCUAUGGAACUAUUAUGACUCAAGGAGGAAUAGUUGCACCCCCUCCACCAGAAAUGGUUAUGCAUGAACAUUUACCAACCAGUCCUGCUGACGAUAUUUCUGAACCUCACGGAUCUCAAUUUGGCACCCAUUAUCCAUCUAUGAUAUAUGGCCAACCACAACAUCCACAGGGUUAUACCAUUUGGGGAUAUCCACAACCACAACCAAUCUUCAGCAGCACGAGCAGCAACAACGAGGAGAGAGAUAAUGAUUCUGGUAAUGUCACCCAAUAGGUUUUUGGAUCGGUUUUUAAUUUUUAAACUCAAUGUCAGUUUUCUUCCAUCGCCAGUAGCUUAUCAAAAAUAUAACACAAUUGUAGAUGUAAGAUGUCAUGUCUGAAGUUAAGCAUCCUUUCUAAUGUUAAUGUUCACUAAUAAUUAGAUUUCAAUUCACAUAACCUACAUUUAUAUGCAUUCCUAUAUUUUGAAAAUGUU